AUGCACAAAUAUUCGACUUCUGCGAUCAUAUAUAUAUCAUUAAAUGUCUUAAGUUUAUUAUUAUCAACAUUUCUUAUCGUCAAAUUAUACGUAUCACCUAAUCACUUUACAAAAUAUACUCAAUUCCAAUUAUUUGUAGCAUCAUGGGGAUAUACGGUGGGGCUUACACCAACAAUAAUAAAUUAUGGGGAUGACUUAAUGAAUAAAGCAUAUGAUACGCAAAUUUGUAUAAUUCAACAGAUGAUAUCUUUAAUAUUUUUGUAUCCUUUAUACAUAUUUCCGGUGAUAUUAGGAUUAUAUAUUUGGCAUGCGGCUGAAAAUAGAAACAUAAAAAUAGAGAAGAAAUAUUUUUGGAUCAUUUCAAGUCUAAUUUGGUGUUUCGCAGUUUGUUUUAAUGUGUUUUCAUUUGCUGACGGGUAUGAGAAGAAAAAUUUUGGCGUACGCGCCACACCGUUGCUUUGCAAGCCUCCAAAUUCUAAAUUUCAUCAAAUAUCAUAUUUAGUAAUAGUUUCACCUUUAUUCUUUAUAGCACUUGUAUUCACUUGCUUUGCAAGUGCAAUAUUAUGGAAACGUUGGCGGCAUUACUCGGCAAAAAGAAAUCGUUGGACGGUAUUAAGAUAUGGUCACGCACUGCGUUUAUUCAUGUGCGGCCUCAUGUACACGAGUUUUAUCGGGAUUUCUUUAUUAUCAAGGAUCAUAUCUCAAUACGUAAUUAAAUCGGAGCAUCCCGAAAUUAACAAGAUAGUCAUUGAAGAUUAUGUUCAACCAUUGAGUGGGAUAAUGUUAUUUCUGAUCUUUGUUAAGAAUGAUUCUCCGGCUGCAUUUCUGCCAUGCCUUUAUUAUGGAGGUCCAGAAAAGUUAACUUUUAAAUCCGAAUCAUAUUUUAGAGAUGAUCGAAUCUUAGACGUAAGACCACCAUCACUUAAUUAUUCGUUUAAUGAAGCACUUGGCAACGUAAAUCAGACACCAAUGGUUGCUAGAUCUACUGAUAAUCAAGAGAUUGAUACAAUUGAAAUUUUGUUAAGUUAG